AUUCUGGCCUAUGGUUACCUUGUGUCGCCAUCCUAGCUAAGGGACCCCAUGUAUUCUAUGGCAUAGGGCGUUCUGUCGGCCAUUUUUUUUACGGGUAACUUGGACUAGGAAGAGCCAUCUUUGUUAAAGGCACUGACCGACUUCCCGCGUGGACUUUUGAUCCUGGUCUUGGGGGCGUUCUCAGCCGCUUCCUAUUUUCCGCUCAUGCUGAGAAGAGUGACCCAGAAAUCUCUGCAAACCUAUCUCAAGGGCUUCUUCCUUCCCAGGCCCUGGAAACAGUUUUGGCAGAUCAAAAGCCAGACACCUGACCACAGACUCUCUGCUGCCCCCUGUGGAUUCAGAGGCAUGUCUGCCAGCGCCAGAGCCCUGAAGCCCCUCAUUGCUGUCUGCCAGGUGACCUCAACCCCCAACAAAGACCAUAACCUGGAAUGCUGCUCAAGCCUCAUCCAGGAGGCAGCCCAGCGGGGCGCCUGUGUCAUCUUCCUCCCCGAAGCCUUUGACUUCAUUGGCAGCAACACAGAAGAGACCCUCAGCCUGGCUGAGCCCCUGGAAGGAGAUCACAUCCGGCAUUACGCUAGCCUUGCCAGAGAAUGUGGGGUCUGGUUGUCCCUUGGAGGCUUCCACGAGAGAGGCAGCGACUGGGAGAGCACACACCGGAUCUACAACUGCCACCUGCUCCUGGAUCCCAAAGGAACGCUGGUGGCUGCCUACAGAAAGACUCACCUCUGCGACGUGGAGCUGGAGGGACGAGUGUCCAUGAAGGAAAGCGCCUUUACCAAUCCAGGUUCGGAGAUUGUGUUGCCUGUCAGCACCCCGGCUGGAAAGGUCGGCCUGGCCAUCUGUUACGACCUACGUUUCCCAGAGAUGUCACUCGCUCUGGCCCAGGAAGGGGCGGAAAUCCUGACCUACCCAUCUGCCUUCACGGUGACCACAGGUUCUGCACACUGGGAGGUGCUACUACGAGCUCGCGCCAUUGAGACCCAGUGCUAUGUGGUAGCAGCCGCUCAGACGGGCAAGAACCAUGAGCACCGCACCUCCUACGGCCACGCCAUGAUAGUGGACCCCUGGGGCAGCGUCAUUGCCCAGUGCCAAGAGGGACCGGGCCUCUGCUAUGCCGAAAUUGACCUGGCUUACUUGCGCCGCAUCCGGCAGGAGAUACCCGUCUUCCACCACCGGCGGCCCGACCUGUAUGGCCGGGUGGCCCCCUUGUCAUGAGUGGGCGCGCCCUCACCUGCCGUGUCGAGGACUCAGCUGCUGCCGGACUGGCCUCCGGAAUCGAGGUGCUACCCACGUGAUUGUGAGGAAAGGAGCAGCCUCUAACCAUCCUGGACCUAAUGGAUCAGCACUGUUGAUUUGUGCCCCAGUAAAGAGCUGUGAUGCUUGCAGAAGUGGGACUGACAAACUGAGCACCAUAUAGGCUGCAUUAAGAACACUUUACCCCAUCUCUGCUAGAAAACCGAGUUUCUACUCCUGCUCAAUUCUGCCAUUACUUUUAAUGUCAUCUUGGUCAUAGAUUUCCUUUUAGGCCUCUGGCACUCCAGCAGGUCCCAGUAGAUCACAUUUCACCUAAAUAAAGCUUAACUGCCACUUUACAUUCCUCCAGGA